UGUCUCCGCUCCCUAUGCUUUAGCAACAUCCACGCUCGGCGGCAAGACAUAGCCGCCGCCCAUCCAAAUACAUGUGACUGGAUUUUUACUACCACCGAAUAUAAGAAGUGGCGGGACCGUACUGACCUACAAAAUCAUAACGGAGUGCUUUGGAUCAAGGGCAAGCCGGGAGCGGGGAAGUCGACGUUGAUGAAGCAUACUUUAGGCCAUCUCGAAAAGACUUCCGUCGACCACUUGAUUGUAGCGUAUUUCUUCAACGCUCGAGGCGCCAUUCUCGAGAAGACUCCUCUCGGCAUGCUUCGAUCGAUUGUCUACCAGCUCGUUGAUAAAGAAGCUCUGCUAUACGAGCAUUUCGCCUCUAUCUUUCGCGAGAAGCAGAGAAUACACACAGGAGAUUGGGUGUGGCGACAGUCAGAACUGAAGGAGUUUAUACUCUCGGAAAUCAGGCUGUGGAAAUCUAAGCCUCUCGUGCUUCUCGUUGACGCGCUGGACGAGUGCAACGAGGCAGAUGUGCGAGACGUAGUUGGUUUUCUGGAGUUGCUAAGCAUCCAUGCUGUUGGAUUUGGCGCUCCUCUGAGGAUUUGUCUCUCGAGUCGUCACUAUCCCAGUGUUAGAAUGAAGAGGAGUCUUGAGUUGACGGUGGAAAAGAGUGAAGAUCACCAAGAAGAUAUAGCGAGAUAUAUCAAGGAAAGAUUGACGAAAGAGGACGACGACGACGAUAUAGAGGAUUUAGAAGAUAUCGAGGACGAGAUCCGGAGAAGAGCGAACGGAAUUUUCAUGUGGGUUGUUAUUGUAGUCUCUCUACUUAACAAAGCCUACGAUGAGGGCCGCAUUGAAGCCAUGCGUAAGACGCUAGAGGAGGUACCGAGCGACCUCGAGGAGGUGUUCGGCAACCUCUUAAGAAAAGACAGUGAAGAUAAGGCCGAGACAACACUCAUGCUUCAAUGGGUGCUGCUCUGUCAGAGGCUGCUGAAGCCUGAAGAGCUCUUCCUCGCCGUGAUGACCGAAAUAGCUCCGAAGACGAUAGACAAAUGGAACCGAUCCAAGUUCGCCAGAGAAAUUUUCCAGCGACGUAUCACUUCGUCGUCUAGGGGCCUGAUCGAAGUUCGAAAAGGAUAUGAAGCAUCGGUGCAAUUCAUUCAUCUAUCGGUCAACGACUUCCUUCUUCGAAACCAGAGGCUGCAGAAACUAGACCAGACGCUGGGACCGGAACCUAUCAGCGCCAGCCAUGGCCGAUUGUGGGCGUGCUGCUGGUCAUAUAUUGAGCGAGUGGACACUACAGGCACA